AUGCAGCAAAGAUUACUGUCAUGGCUAGCUAUUACCCUCACUGUUUUGGCAUCAGCGUGGGCGAGAUCGUCAGCGGGCGAUAAGGUUCUCGUAGUGAGCGACGCGAAGCUGGAGGCUGCAGAGUACUCGCAGUUCUGGGAUGGGUUGAAGAACCGGGGAUACGAGCUGACAUUUCGCAAAACAUCUGAAGAGGCCCCAGCGACAUCAUCAUUUGAUGUGCCUUCCUUCUCACACAUUAUUGUGUUUGCCCCAUCUACAAAAACGUAUCCCGCAGAUAUUUCUCCACAGUCUCUUGUGCACCUACUCUCCGAUCCCACUCAGCCCACAAACAUCCUCUUUGUCCUCCAGCCGUCAACUCCCUCUUCUCCUCUACGCGACCUCGGACGCGAAUUCGGCAUAUCAUUCCCUCCCCCUGCGACACCCUUGAUCGACUACUUCAAUGCGGUCUCGCCUUCUAACGCGACUUCCCUCCUUCUCACUCCUCCCGUCACACCACAUACUCCAGGGUUCAACGGUGGUGAUGUGCUCUACUCUGGCGUUGCCCAUUUGCGGUCAAACAACCCCCUCCUUGUCGACUUCCUCAAUGCCCCUCCUACCAGCUUCUCUGCAGAUCCGUUGGAGCCUGCGGAUGUGAUCGUGGAAGUGGCAGCGAGUGGUGGGGAAGGUUUUUGGGCAGGUGGCAGGAUGGGGCUCGUCACUGGAUUUGAGGUGCUGAGGGGUGGAGGAAGGGCAACAUGGGUCGGAAGCUUGGACCUGUUUAGAAAUGCUGCCACAGCCAUUAAUGGUAAACCGACGGCGAACAACGCCUACGCGCUUGCCCUCGCAUCCUGGACGUUCCAAGAGACCUCUGUCCUGCGCAUUGACAGCGUCGAGCACCGGCGCAUUUCCGAGUCCUCCCCGCGCGAUCAGUACAGGAUCAAAGACGAUCUCAUCUACCGCAUCCAUGUGUCGGCUUACAAUCCCGCCACAGGCGAGUGGGAGCCCACCAGCCAGAUAGACGACAUGCAGCUCGAGUUCACGAUGCUGGACCCGCAUAUCCGUACUGCGCUCUCUCCCGUUCAGGGAGAGAAGGGAUGGUAUGAAACCAAGUUUAGGGCACCAGAUAGACACGGAGUGUUCAAAUUUAUAGUCGAUUGGCGCAGGAAGAGAUACACGGCCCUGCACAGCAGCACCACUGUCUCCGUCGUCCCCUUCAGGCACAACGAGUAUCCACGCUUCCUCAGCUCGGCCUGGCCAUACUACCUGGGUGCGCUCAGUACGAGCGCGGCGUUUGUCCUGUUCUGUGCGUUGUGGCUUCUGGGAGGGAACGAGGAGGAAAAGAAGAAGACGCAGUAGAUAAUGGGAUAUACGGCAUUAUGGAGGAGAAAGUGCCCGGUGCCAGCUAGGAAGAACAAGGAAUGGGUGACGCAGAGAGAGUUCUGCUGAUAUUCUGACUUCCUGUUCUAUGAUGUUGCAAGUGUUUGAUAUACAUGCUUAGAGUCAUCGGAUUUCCG